CUAUAAAGGGCCCCGAGGCAGGGGAAGGAGCACUCACUGCUGAGCUGCAGAACUGCCUCUCUCUCCACCUCCAGCCUCCACCAUGAGCACCACUGUCCGGCAAUACUCCUCCUCCACCUCCCUCAAGGGAUUUGGGAGCCUGGGGGGAGGCUCCAGCAGGCUUUCCUCCGUGCGUGUCGGGGGGGGAGGCUACAGGGCCCCCAGCGUGCACGGGGGCUCUGGCAGCUACUCCGUCUCUUCCCGCGUCGUCUCGGGGCUCGGAAGUGGCUUUGGGGGCAGCUACUGCAGCAGCGUAGGAGGGGCCCUCGGUGGGGGCUUUGGGGGCAGCUAUGGGGCCGGCUUUGGGGCCGGCUUUGGGUCCGGCUUUGGAGGGGGCUUUGGAGGCGGCGAUGGCAUCCUGCCGGCGGGGGAGAAGGAGACGAUGCAGAACCUCAACGACCGCCUGGCCGCCUACCUGGACAAGGUGCGAGCCCUGGAGGAGGCCAACACCGACCUGGAGGUCAAGAUCAGGGAGUGGUACAAGAAGCAGGCCCCUGGUCCUGACCGGGACUACAGCCCCUACUACAGGACCAUCGAGGAGCUCCGGAACAAGAUUCUUUCUGCGACUGUUGAAAAUGCCAACAUCGUCCUGCAGAUCGACAACGCCAGGCUGGCAGCAGACGACUUCCGAACCAAGUUUGAGUCGGAGCAGGCCCUGCGCCUGAGCGUGGAGGCCGAUAUCAACGGGCUGCGCCGCGUCCUGGACGAGCUGACCCUGUCCAGAGCCGACCUGGAGAUGCAGAUUGAGAACCUGAAGGAGGAACUGGCUUAUCUGAAGAAGAAUCACGAGGAGGAAAUGAGUGCCCUGCGUGGGCAGGUGGGUGGGGAGAUCAGCGUGGAGAUGGACGCUGCCCCUGGAAUCGACCUGACCAAGAUCCUGGCGGAGAUGCGGGAGCAGUACGAGAGCCUGGCGGAGAAGAACCGCAGGGACGCCGAGCAGUGGUUCUUCAGCAAGACGGAAGAGCUGAACCGGGAGGUGGCCAUCAACACGGAGCAGCUGCAGAGCGGCAAGACGGAGAUCACGGAGCUGCGGCGCACGAUCCAGAGCCUGGAGAUCGACCUGCAGUCCCAGCUCAGCACGAAAGCGGCGCUGGAGGGCACCCUGGCCGACACGGAAGCGCGCUACGGCACCCAGCUGGCCCAGCUGCAGGCGCUGAUCACCAGCGUGGAGGAGCAGCUGGCCGAGCUGCGCUGCGACAUGGAGCGCCAGAACCACGAGUACAGGGUCCUGCUGGACGUCAAGUGCCGCCUGGAGCAGGAGAUCGCCACGUACCGCCGGCUCCUGGAGGGAGAGGACGCCCACAUCUCCUCCCAGUACUCCUCCGCCAUAUCCCCACACUCUGGCAGAGAUGUGGUGACAUCGUCCCGCCAGGUCCGCACGAUCGUGGAGGAGGUGCAGGAUGGGAAGGUGGUCUCCUCCCGGGAGCAGGUUGCGCUCACCACUCGCUAGGAGGGUCAGUAGGACCCUCGAUCCCAGGCUCAGGAGAGCAGUGAGCUGAGCCAAGCACUGCCUGAGGCCCUGGGUUGUGUCCCAGAAAGCUUCCUCCACCUCCUCCUCCUGCCUGUAUUACCCUCAUUCCAUGCAGGUGCCUCUGGACACACUUAAUAAAGCUUUUUCUCCUCGCUCGUG